AUGAAUUUUUCUGAAGAUUUUAAAUCACAGUUACAAAAACUGUUGGAAGAAUUUGCUCGGCAACUAAUUGAAAAUAUUUUUAAUGAAAUUGAAACGAAACUAAAUCAACAAAUCAACAGUUUAAACGGACAAAACUGCUACAGCAACAUCAGUACUAAACCAGUUGAUUUGAGUGUGAAACAAACAUUAAACAGCUUUGCAAAAGUUUCAAACGAAACGACACAAUUACGGCAAUUUGAAAAAGGCGGUGCAACUUGUGAAAAUGAUUCUUCAUCAACACCAAAAAGUUUUUCCAAAUCAAGUGAUUUAGUUGCCAAAACGACCCAACAACUGAAAGCACUUUUAGCCAACUGUGUCAGUGCUGAAAACCAACCACCUUCAAUCACUAACGCAACAACAACCGUUUCAUUAAAUGUGCCAACAAACAGUAAUUUGACUGUAAACAUUUUAAAUAAAAACAAAUCCAGCCAAGUGUCAUCUUCAUCUUCUGAAGUGGUUAUCACCAAAACACCAGUUGCUUUUGAUGAUAACUCCCAACAAUCAAUUAGACAACAAAAAGAAAACGCAAAACCUAAUUCAAAAUUAGCAACCAUUGUAGAAAAUGACACUACAACAAAUGUGGCUGAAAAUUUAAACAACGAAACUGAUAGCUCUACGAAUAUCAGUAUCCCACCAGUUAAAAAACAAAAGUUAACUACUGAAUCCAAUUUAACGAAUGAAACUGCCUCAGCUGUUUCUCUACUUUCACAUAGUUUAACACCUGAAUUUGUUUUUAACGAAACACAAGCAGUAAACUCAACUGAACAAAUAAUUACUUUUGACCAAACAACCGAAUUACCAAAAG